AUGGUCGCCAUGAUACUCCUCGUUUGGAACUGCCAGGGUAUCGGGGGUCCCCUAAUAGUUUCAAGUCUUAAGGAGCAAGUUAGGCUCCAGGCUCCCGACAUAGUGGUGCUGCUAGAAACUAAAAAUAAAGCUUACCACUAUGGGUGGUUGAAGAAACAAUUGGGAAUGAAUUUUAUGCAUGUGGUGGAACCUAAGGGGUUAAGUGGUGGUUUAUGUAUGUUCUGGAAGGAUGCUCAACAAGUUGUUUUGGUUAAAUAUGCUGGAUUCCUUAUAGAAGUUGAAGAGCGAAUUAACGCCUGUCGAGAAGGGUGCCUAGUCAUGGGAGACUUAAAUGACAUUCUUGAGGCAUCGGAGAAGGAUGGCGGGCGCCCGCGUACCGUGCAGAGCAUGGAUGCUUUCCGCGAUUUUUUUACGUCUAGUAAUUUGUUGGACUUGGGAUAUGAGGGGUGUCCGUUCAUAUGGAGGAAUAUACGGGAUGAAGGGGGUAUCCAGGAAAGACUUAACAGAGGUCUGGCUAGUGAUCACUGGCUUCGUUCUUACCCUGAAGCGCACGUGGUUCAUUAG